AUGGACCUUGGGCUGCAAGAUGGAGUUCGUUGGGAUGAGCAAAGGUUUGCAUUAGCGGCUCGUUCUGUGUUGAUAGUCGUAAAAGCCCCCUCCCACAUGCCACCAAAUCUCACGCCCGCGGGGCCAGACAAUGACCGUGGACCACCCUCGGCCACAUCACUUCGACACCAGGACGAUGUCAUAACGCCGGUCCGCGAGUCGCACGGUCUCAUCAGCGAUAAGGCAGGGAGGAGGUCUACUGAAAAAGCAGAAGGCCCUGAUGAAGUUUCGGUCCACGAUACGGGCUCAGAAAGGCGCCGAAGUGGACGACACAGCAGUGACAAUGACACCAGCAACAGGAACAACCACAGAUGGCGUGGCUACAUGAAGAGAGACGGCAAGUUGAGGCCAUUCAGGCUGCUGAAGGAGGACUUUGGCAACUUCAGAUUGAGGUACCUCUCUGACUGGACCGUGUUCAAUCAGCUUGUCCUGGCGAGCGCGGUGUACGUCUUUUUCACCAAUAUCUUGCCCGGCAUCACGUUCGCCAGCGACUUGUAUGUUUUGACUGGGGAGUCGUGGGGCACGAUUGAGGUGGUGUUUAGUACUGGGCUUUGCGGCAUCAUCUUUGCCUUAAUACAAUGUGACCAGCAAACUAAUUACGGACAGAUCCCCUUCCUACCCUUCAUGGCCUGGUCCCUGAUUCACUCGGGCUGGAUGCACUUCCUCUUGGCCAUCUUCAACGCCCAUGACUACACCAUGCAAUACGUCACCGACUUCAGCGCCGACAUCUUCUCCCUCCUCAACAGCGUAAUCUACUUCCACAAGGCCAUCAGGGAGCUCCAGCGCACCAAAGCAGCCGUCUCCCUCGCCGCCUUCCUCUACUCCAUCAUCGGCGCCGCGGGCACCUGUCUCCUCGCCAUCGCCCUCUCGACGGCCGUGUCGUGGAAGCCGCUGUUCCAUCGGUACAUCCGCAUGGGCCUGACCGAGUAUGCCGCCGCCAUCUCCAUCGUCUUCUUCAUCGGCAUGCCGUACGUCGGCGACCUGGCGACCCUCGACCACAACAGGCUCGAGGUCUCAAAGUCGUUCCGGCCGUCGUCGCCGAGCCGCGAGUACUUUUUCGUCGAGUUCUGGAAACUUCCCAUCGGCUGGAUAUUCAUCGCCAUCGUCCCCGGCAUCAUCAUAACCGUCCUCUUCUACUUUGACCACGAGAUCAGCAGCAUUAUCUGCACAGCCAAGAGGUACGGCACCCAGAAGCCCGGCGGGUACGCGUGGGACGUCAUGCUCCUGGCCAUCACGACAAUCAUGUGCGGCAUCCUCGGCAUCCCGCCCGCCAACGGCCUCCUUCCGCAGGCGCCGCUCCACUCCGAGUCGCUUAUGUACACCGUCUACGAGGACCCGCCGCCCGUCGACGAAGAAGCAGAAGAGGAAGGGCCCGGUGAGGGCCCCCCCGCGAAACCCGUCCAGCGCGUCCACGAGCAGCGAUACUCGGCCUUCCUCCAGGCGGCAGGUAUCCUGCUCUUCGUCUCGCCGCCCUUUCAGCACGUGCUGGGUUUCACGCCGACUUCGGUCCUAGCGGGCCUCUUCAUGUUCAUGGGUUUCCAGUCGCUGUCUGUGAACCCGAUCCUUACGAGGAUCUGGCACCUUCUGACGCCCAUUUCGGAGCUGCCUGCCUUGCCUCACGGCGCUAGUUGGAUAGGGAUUCAUUGCUACACGAUCGCGCAGAUCGUGCUCACGGGCAUCGUCUUUGGUGUCACGUUGACUGUUGCCGCACCCGGGUUUCCCAUCAUUAUCAUCAUUCUGGUGCCCGUGCGGUUGUUCUUUAUGAAUAAGGUUUGGAGCCGGCAGACGUUACGGUACGUUGAUGGAUGGGCGACGCGGGAGGGAAAGCCGGAGGACGACGAGAAUGAUCGGCGCCGGGAGGGUUUGGUUGCGCCGAAUGAGACAUCUAGACGGGUUCCUGAUGAGGAAAGGGGGCCCAAGACGACUGUCGGCACCAUGUCUCUGUCCGUGGCAGGAAAAUACGCAGUCGUCACCGGCGCAGGAUCAGGCAUAAACCUCGCCUUUGCAAGAUUACUCCUGGAAAAGGGCUGCUCCGUCAUAAUAGGCGACCUCGCCCUCCGCCACGAAGCACAAAAGCUCCUAGAGCAGUACCCUCACCCCCAACCCGGCAGUAACACCUCCAACAACAGAAACAACAGCGACCGCCCCUCAGCCCUCUUCCAAGAAACGAACGUCGCAUCUUGGCCCUCCCUAUCCCGUCUCUGGUCCAGCGCUCUCUCCUCCUUCCCCCGAAUCGACAUCGUUGUCCCCGGCGCGGGUCUCUUCGAACCAGCAUGGACCUCCUUCUGGCACCCUCCCAAGACAGGAACGAACCCGGACAGUGAAUCAAGAGACGCGGCGGACGCGGAGCCGGGAACGUACGCCGUUCUGGACGUGAAUCUGACGCAUCCGAUCCGGCUGAGCCAGCUUGCGAUCGGGUACUGGACGCAGGAGGGGAAAGGAGGGUGUUUGGUGCACGUGAGUAGUAUCGCGGGGCACGCGGCGGGGAUCGGGUCGCCGUUGUAUAUUGCGAGCAAGCAUGGUCUUCACGGCUUUGUGAGGUGUAUGGCGGGGAUGAGGGACCGGUUGGGAAUUCGGUGUAGUGCUGUUGCGCCUGGGGCCGUGAUGACUCCAAUGUGGUCGGAGGACCCGGGAAAGAAGCACAUGACGCAGGGCGAGGGCGUCGAGCUGUUCCUCGAGCCGGAGGAGGUUGCGAGGGGCAUGCUUGAGUUGUGCGAGAAUCCAGAGUACGGUAACGGGACGAUUCUGGAGGUUUCCAAGGGGGCUACGCGCGUGGUUCCUUUAUAUCGGGCUGAGCCGCCUAGUGGUGUUGGUGUUGUUUUGCCCAGGCUGGCUGAGAAUGCGGAAAAGGUGUGGAAGAAGCUUGAGGGUCCUGGGUUGCAGGUUUAG